AUGGAUUCUGCCUGGAGUUCAUACGGGAAGAUAGAUGAAGCCGAACAAGCAAGGCUUGACGCUCGCCGAAAAACGAGAAGGAGAAUAACCAUCAUAGUCUUAUCCUCUAUCGUUCUCGUCGCCAUUAUUGUUGCGGCUGUGGUGGGAACCGCCGCUUCUCGUGGCGGUGAUUCCUCGUCCAAUGGUGGAGCUGCUCCAACGGUUUCUGAUUCUAUCAGGACAGCAUGUAAGGCAACCUUGUAUCCGGACUCCUGUUACACCAGCCUCUAUGCCAUGGUCACCAAUUCCACCAGCGUCAAUCCCCAAGAACUCGCCAAGUUGUCCGUCCAAGUCGCCAUAACAGAACUAUCCAAAGUGUCGGAUCGCGUGUCACUGCUUGAAUCCCAAGGCAAACUCGACAAUGUGUCCGCACUGGCACUUCAGGAUUGUAUCACUCUUAUGGAUCUGGCUAUGGACCAUCUCAACGAUACCCUCAACUCAACUCAGCUCACGGCACUAGAAGCAGCGGAUGAUCUCAGGACAUGGCUGAGCGCAGCUGGGACUUGCCAAGACACUUGUCUAGUAGGCCUCCAGAACUCAUCGCACAGUCUUCAGACCCAAAUGUCACAGUAUACUCAGAAUUCCACUCAGUUCAUCAGCAACAGUCUCGCAUUGGUCACCACAAUAUCCAACAUCGCAUCCUCUAUCAAGAUGCGACGACGUUUGAUGAGUAGUACUAGUGAUCACGAAGAUGGGAUCCCACUGGACCCACACCCACGUUGGCUGAGUGCCGCAGACAGGAAGCUACUCCAGAAACCGGCAAGCAAGAUCAUACCGGACAUUGUGGUGGCUCAGGAUGGGUCCGGCAAGUACAAGACCAUCAACGCGGCACUGAACGCUGUUCCUAGUAAGAGCAAGAAGAGGACCAUCAUCUAUGUGAAGAAGGGAGUAUACAAAGAGAAAGUGAUGGUCCAAUCAAACAAAUGGAACGUUAUGAUGAUCGGUGAUGGUAUGGGCGCCACUGUCGUCACCGGUAGCCUCAAUUUUGUGGACGGAACCCCCACUUUUCAAAGUGCCACAUUUGUUGUGUUUGGGAAAGGAUUCAUAGCUCGGGACAUGGGAUUUCGCAACACUGCGGGGGCAAUAAAACACCAGGCGGUGGCCCUGUUAGCGCAUUCAGACCAAUCCGUCUUCUACAGGUGUCGGAUGGAGGCAUACCAGGACACUCUCUACACACAUUCCCUUAGGCAGUUCUACCGGCAGUGCGACAUCUUGGGGACCGUAGACUUCAUAUUUGGGAACGCAGCGGUGGUUUUGCAGGACUGCAACAUUCUGGCAAGGCUCCCACUGCUUGGGCAAGAAAACACGCUGACGGCUCAGGGAAGGUUCGACCCCAACCAGAACACAGGCACCACCAUCCAGAACUGCAACAUUGCUGCGGCAGAGAACCUGAAGGGCACACAGACAUACCUGGGGAGGCCCUGGAAGGUCUACUCUACCACUAUUUUCAUGGAAUCAUGGCUAGGCAGCCUCGUCAACCCAUCUGGAUGGCUCCCAUGGGUGGGAAACACAGCUCCCAACACCAUCUUCUAUGCUGAGUAUCAGAACUUGGGACCCGGUUCUCCCACCAAGAAUAGGGUCAAGUGGAAGGGCUUAAAGCUCUGGCUCUCCGCCUCUCAAGCCAGUAAAUUUACUGUCAAUUCUUUCAUCGGCGGGGGUAAAUGGAUUUACAGUGCUGGCGUGCCUUACAAAGGUGGCUUGUGA